GCGUGCUUAUUGAUGAGCCAUAAACCAAGUGGAUGAAUGAAGCAAAUACAUCGAGUUACCCUCUUUGUGGGUCCCAAGGCAACGAGGCUGAGGGCACUCUACGUUAUCAUGAAUAAAGUGCUUCUCAUUUUGCAAACCACACACAUAUAAUUUUCUCUAAUAAUGGUUCAUAAUAUGUUCAGUUAUUUCGAAGUGGAUGAUGAGUCGUAUGUCAAGUUAUGACAGCUAUUGGAAAAUCGGGAUCUAAAUCUCUUGAAGCACGAUAGGGAAGCAUCAGAUGUUAAGACUGAACUAGAUUGGUCGUUGAUAAAGGUUCAUUCGUAUUAGGAGUUCAGAGAACCUAACAUGAUGCUCUCAAAGGCUUUGUCCAUUCCAAUUAUUGUGACAAGUUCUGCGACACCGCCAUUGCCAGAGGAGUCCACUGAUUUGGAGAAAGUUGAUGAGUAUGAUUUCGAGGACGAUAAGGAAAACGGACCCGACGAAACUCGAGCCCCUACUCCAUUGACCUUCUUCACCACAGUUGGAAUUGCUCGAUGGAUGGCCCGAUCUUAUGGAUAUCAAAAGAAAAAGAGAGCCUUGUAUGUCAGUCAGGACAAGUUGAUUUUGCAGAAAGUCCGCAGAGCCACUUUGGGUACAAUUCGGUAUCCCUAUUCCCACAUGGACCUGAAGUCUCCAAGUAUUCUGUCUGAGCAACAAAAGAGCUGCUUGUCUCAAAAGUUGAGCGGCAUUCCAGAGGAAGACCAGAAGAUCAUCAUUGAUUGGUUCACUUGCAGCUAUGGAGGCCAUGACGAGGCCUACUACCAAGCCUACAGCCGAGAGGUCAUUCGCCAAACCAAGAAGCUCAUGGGGACAACUGAAAUCCCAGCUUGGUUUUGAAUUCAGUUUCAAGAAAAAUUCGAACUUGAGAUCCUCGUCACGUCAUGUCGAGGAUAAUCCCAUCAUCAAUCAAAGUAUGGAACGAAAUGGACAUGGUUGAAAA